GGCGUUAGUCGUUCAACAGCGCUGAUCGAGUUUAAAUCUAUAGCGAAAUGAGCGGCGGAAAGUGAGCCACUUGGCGUGAACCCAAAGCUUUCGAGGAAAAUUCUCGGGCCCCCAUAUACAAAUAUCUGAAAAAGUAUCGGACAGUUUCGCGACGCGAAGCGUUAAGAUCGCAAAAAGAUCUCCGUGCGGAAACAAAGAAAUUGAGGCACUAUUGAGAGAUUGUUGUUGUGGGCGAGUGUGUGUGGAAUGUCAACAGACGGGUUGUAAAGGGAAACCCUGAAAUCCGAACGGCCAGCCAAAGCAAAUAAAGCUGUGAAUACGAAUUAAGUACAACAAACAGAUACUGAAACAGAUACAGAUUCGGAUUCGAAUAGAGAAACAGAUACUGGAGAUGCCCCCAGAAACAACUCAAUUGAAAACAUAGUGCGUUUCGCGAGUGUCAGUGGAAAAAUAUGUGGAUUACCUGCGAACCGUCCGCCCAAGGAGCCGCCGGGUGACAGGUGUAUCCUUCAGAAUACCAGCCCGAGCCCACACCGAGAUCCACAUCCAGAUCCCGACCGCAGGGUGCCAGUGUGUCAUGUGCCGCGGCAUUUCGACCGCAGCCACAUCUACCGACCAGGUGCGCCUCGAAUGCGGCAACACUAUUUUCAACAAGAACUCGAUUUACUUCAUCUACAAUUAUCGGAGGAAAACAGUAGCCGACAUCCCUAUCAGAUAUUUACACAAGCGUGAUUUAUUUGGAAAGCGAAACGGUCGCAGCGCCAUGAACAUCUGUAAAUUGUGCAAAUAUAUCCAAGUGUAACCGAAUGCCGAACGCCGAAAGCCGCUCGCCGCGAUAACGGAUCCCAUUCCGAUUCCAAAUCAAAAUCCAAAUCUGAAUCCAAGCCGAUUCCGAUUCCGAGCCCCGUCAUAAAUUCCGUGGAAAAGUGCACGAGACAGUUGGUCGCUCCUAUUUUGAUUGUUUUCCCUCGCCUCCACCAUUACCAUUGCCAUUAUCAUUACCGUUACUAUUACCAUUACCAACCGGGCGAUCCAUCCAUCACACGGCUUUCGAAUUAAUAAGCGAACACAUGUCGUAUCGAUAUUCGACUUGAGCGAUACGGGUCCCGGAGAUCCAAUAUCAAGCGAUACCACUCGACCAUAGGAAACUUUAUAAGACUGAGAGUUGCAAGCGACCAUGCGCGCAUGGCUUCUACUCCUCGCAGUGCUGGCGACUUUUCAAACGAUUGUUCGAGUUGCUAGCACCGAGGAUAUAUCCCAGAGAUUCAUCGCCGCCAUAGCGCCCGUUGCCGCUCAGAUUCCGCUAGCAUCAGCAUCAGGAUCAGGACCAGGACGAUCUGGAUCUAGAUCGGGAGGAGCCUCGACCAGCACAGCAUUAGCAAAAGCAUUUAAUCCAUUCAGCGAGCCCGCCUCGUUCAGUGAUAGUGAUAAAAGCCAUCGGAGUAAAACAAACAAAAAACCUAGCAAAAGUGUCGCGAACCGACAGUUCAACGAAGUGCAUAAACCAAGAACAGACCAAUUAGAAAAUUCCAAAAAUAAGUCUAAACAAUUAGUUAAUAAACCCAACCACAACAACCACAACAAAAUGGCUGUCAAGGAGCAGAGGAGCCACCACAAGAAGAGCCACCACCAUCGCAGCCACCAGCCAAAGCAGGCCAGUGCAUCCACAGAAUCUCAUCAAUCCUCAUCGAUUGAAUCAAUCUUCGUGGAGGAGCCGACGCUGGUGCUCGACCGCGAGGUGGCCUCCAUCAACGUGCCCGCCAACGCCAAGGCCAUCAUCGCCGAGCAGGGCCCGUCCACCUACAGCAAGGAGGCGCUCAUCAAGGACAAGCUCAAGCCAGACCCCUCCACUCUAGUCGAGAUCGAGAAGAGCCUGCUCUCGCUGUUCAACAUGAAGCGGCCGCCCAAGAUCGACCGCUCCAAGAUCAUCAUCCCCGAGCCGAUGAAGAAGCUCUACGCCGAGAUCAUGGGCCACGAGCUCGACUCGGUCAACAUCCCCAAGCCGGGACUGCUGACCAAGUCGGCCAACACAGUGCGAAGUUUUACACACAAAGAUAGUAAAAUCGACGAUCGAUUUCCGCACCACCACCGGUUUCGGCUGCACUUCGACGUGAAGAGCAUUCCCGCCGACGAGAAACUGAAGGCGGCGGAACUGCAGCUGACCCGGGACGCACUCAGUCCACAGGUGGUGGCCAGCAGAUCGUCGGCGAAUCGGACGCGCUACCAGGUGCUUGUCUACGACAUCACGCGCGUUGGGGUGCGUGGCCAGCGGGAGCCGAGCUAUCUGCUGCUGGACACCAAGACGGUCCGGCUGAACAGCACGGACACGGUGAGCCUCGAUGUCCAGCCGGCCGUGGAUCGGUGGCUGGCGAGUCCGCAGCGCAACUACGGACUGCUGGUGGAGGUGCGGACGGUCCGCUCCCUGAAGCCGGCCCCACACCACCACGUACGCCUGCGCCGCAGCGCGGACGAGGCGCACGAGCGGUGGCAGCACAAGCAGCCGCUGCUGUUCACCUACACGGACGACGGGCGGCACAAGGUGCGCUCCAUCCGGGACGUGUCCGGCGGAGAGGGCGGCGGCAAGGGCGGCCGGAACAAGCGGCAGCCGAGACGGCCGACGCGGCGCAAGAACCACGACGACACCUGCCGGCGGCACUCGCUGUACGUGGACUUCUCGGACGUGGGCUGGGACGACUGGAUUGUGGCGCCUCUGGGCUACGAUGCGUACUACUGCCACGGGAAGUGCCCCUUCCCGCUGGCCGACCACUUCAACUCGACCAACCACGCCGUGGUGCAGACCCUGGUCAACAACAUGAAUCCCGGCAAGGUGCCGAAGGCGUGCUGCGUGCCCACGCAACUGGACAGCGUGGCCAUGCUCUAUCUCAACGACCAAAGUACGGUGGUGCUGAAGAACUACCAGGAGAUGACCGUGGUGGGCUGUGGCUGUCGAUAGAUUCGCACCACCAUCGCACCAAACCACGCCAUCCACUUAACCGAGUGGAAGCGAUGGGAAAUCGGGAGCGAGAGAGCAUCAAAUGCUGUUUGGUUCCAAGCCGUCAAUGCUUUAAACACAACGCAAACAAAAUGGACUGAAUAUUUGAAUUUUAAGUGUAAAUCGUUAGACUUUAGCCGUAUCGAGUAACGAGCAACAGGCGGCAGCCACGCCCACAUCCACGUCCCCACCAAAACCGCCCGCCUUGGAGCCUCUGUCGGUUUCCCCAGCCAGGCUGGCGAAAAAUCCCAGAUCAGAGUGCAGAUUUGAGAGCGCAGAGUCCACUGUAUAUAGCCGCCAUGCCACGCCCCCAACACAGAUAGUCCCCGCCCAUCCGCCAGAUACUUCAGAUAUUAGAUACUUUCGUAUCUGUGUGCGCUGCUGCUGCUGAAGGAGAAGUUAAGGGAGCAAAAGAGGAGUAUGCUUAGGAGUAAGAGCGACCAAUUGAACAAAUUGUAUAGAAAUGCUAAUAUAUAUUAAACAACCCUAUCGAUGCGAACUGGUAUCUUUGUAUGUACAUGUAUGUGGAAAGGAGACCUAUUCUACUAGCCGUUUUUGUUAAUAAUUUUAUAAAGCAAUAGCAAACCACUUGUAAAUUAACUAGCGAGAGCAUAACCGAAUAAUGACUUGAAAUUACUUAGGAACUAUCAUCCUAAACACAUAGUUGUAGAAA